AUGUUCGCUUUUCUCAUUCCAUUGUUGAACGUUAUUCGGAUUUGUAUUGCUUUCGUGACCUUUGUAGUCUUCUUAGCCUUUUCCGGUAUAACACUCGCGGGUUCAGCAGUAGCAUUAAUCGUAUCCACACCGAUUUUCAUCGUAUUCAGUCCGAUUCUCGUACCCGCCACUAUAGCCACUACAUUCCUUGGCAGUGGGCUCACGGCCGGUGCCGGCCUCGGAUUGACGGCCUUGAGUCUCAUCAUGAGGCUCGUCAGGACUGGGAAAGGAGUUAAGGCCGCUCCGUCAGCCGAAACUCCAUCGAUGGAAUUGGAAAGUUACCAAGGAAGCAAACCUCCGAAGACUGGCAAAGGAACUUCGUCCGCUCCAUCAGCCCAAACUCCAUUGAUGAGAUUGUUUAAGUUUUCAGGUGGAUAUGGAGGAUCCUUUGGAGGGAAAACAUUUUCUGGAACAUUCGGAGAUAAAUCUGCGGGUGGAGCUGCACCUGCUGGUGGAGGUAAACCAGGAGGUGGAUUUACAUGGUCUUGGAAUGGAAAAUCCUUUUCCGGAAAUAUCCCAGAGUGGUUAAAAAAUCAACCUUGGUUCAAAAAUAUACCUAUGGGUGGAGCUGCACCUGCCGGAGAAGCCGCACCUCCGGAAGGAGCUACACCUGCUGGAGGAGCCGCACCGGCUGGUGGAACUGCACCUGCCGAAGGAGCUGCACCUGCCGGAGGAGCCGCACCGGCUGGUGGAAGUACACCCCCGUCGUAA